AACAAGACAACAUAGAUCGCAACCUUCCUAUACUAACCCGAGUGUUAGUCAGUGCCGAAUGGAUCAGGUAGACGGGACACCACAGGAAAUGAGUGAGGCAGGAAUCUACAGAUGCGAGCACUGCGGAAAAUCGUUCAGCCGCAGACACACGCUGGUGGUUCACGUUAGAGCACACACAGGCGAGCGCCCCUACAGCUGCGAACAGUGCGACAAAAGCUUUUCCAGAAAGGAUACCUUGGAGGACCAUGUGAGGACGCACACUGGUGAGAAACCCUACAAAUGCGAAGAGUGCGACAAGACUUUUAGAACUCUGUCAACUUGUAGAAUUCAUUUGAGAACACACACCGGAGAGAAACCUUUUAUGUGCGGACAAUGCAAGAAGCGUUUCAGCACAAAACAGAACUGUGUUCGGCACGUUGGCAAACACUUCAAGUAAAGUUGCAGUAUUUGUAGUGUACAAACGUAGACAUGCCAGAUAGAAGCAAUUUUGUUCGUUAUUUUUUUCUCUUAUGUCACCCACAACUGUUGUGGAUGUUCACACUCCUUUGCGUUUGGGAUCACAAUGUAAAUAUUGUGCAUAUUUCACAUGUCACCGUUGAAUGAAAACUGUUGUGCAUGUUGUAAACUCCUUUGCGUUUGGGAUCGCAAUGUAAAUAUUUUGCCUGUACGUAUGUAAAUACUUUACGUUUUAUGACCGCAUCUAAACUGUGAGAAGUACGUAUGUAAAUACUUUACGUUUUGUGACCGCAUCUAAACUGACCAGCGACACCUGUCCUGCAGUACAACGUGAAGCAGUCAGAAUUGCCGUGAAUAAACCAAUGGUUGUGUAAAAGAAGUCUCUUCAUUCAUUUUCUUUUAUCUAUUCAACAUAACAGACAUACAGCAUGGUAGCAUAAGAUGAAGUUGGUAUUAAAUGGCGUUUAAAUCUCUCAAAAACAGUACAAAUCAAUCUGUAAUAAAAGACGUGAAUUUUACCUAAGCUAACAGUCCCGGGCGGAUUUAAACGCGGGCGAAUUUAACUCCAUUUCACCGAUGAUUGAAAGAAAGAAUGACUGAAUGAUUGAAUGAAUGAAUGAAUGAAUAAAUGAAUGAACUUUAUAUAGUGUUACAUGUAUAUGCAUACAAAUAAAGUCUCUCUCCCUCUCUGCCCCCCCCCAUAACUAAAUUUUAAACAAAGUUACAAGAAGCCAGCCACAGAAGAGUACAUGCAUA